AUGGGGAACCUGGGACCCAACCACCGCGGAUACCGAGCCCCACACCCUUCCUCCCUCUCCCUGGAUCUGGGGAAAAGGAUCCUCCGAAGGGUUUCUUCCUGCCCUCCGAGGCCUUGGGGACAAGCCAGCUCUCGGCAGGCUGACUCCCCAUCCUUGAAGGUCACCGACUCCUCCGGUCACAUCCUUUACUCCAAGGACGAUGCCAAGAAAGGGAAGUUUGCCUUCACAACCGACGAUUAUGAAAUUUACGAGAUUUGCUUUGAGAGCCAUGGGCAGCCAGGUGAGGAGCAGAAACGUCAAUGUCGUAUUUAUUCUUGUGUCAUCUUUAUAUUUCUGGUGGUGGGUGACCUGGGUUCGACAGGGCAUGAGAUGAAGCUGAAGGUGUAUCAAGGCAUGGGCCUCCUGAGCGAGAAUGCCCUGCCUGACCUGCCGGUUAGCGUCACCACCUUCCUGAUGGAGCAACACGAGCCCCGCAUGCCUGCCGUAGCCGUGGCCUCUGGGCCCUUCAUCUACGUCUACAAGAACCUACGUCCCUACUUCAAGUUUACAUUGCCCUCCCUGGAACUUAACCCCAUGGAGAAGAGUGUUUGGGACCAGGCUAAAGAGGACAAGGUUGACCUGAUGUCCAUGAAAGAGAUGUUGGAGGAGAUACGAGAAAAUGCUGAGAUGCCCUUAUCAGUGCAGUCCUUGAGGUGAGUUCUUUGGCAUCGGCAUCCACAUGUCCUGUUUUGGCCUUGGGUAGGAGCACAAUCUUG